AUGAUUUCGGAUCGAACGACCUCUCAUCAUCCUCUCUACGUUUCUCAAGGAAAUAAGAAAGUACCAAUGACGAGCUCUAGAAAAAACAACGCAUCAUCGCCUCCUCCUCGGAACCCAAUCAUCAAUUACGAAGAAUUACAUGCAGAUGUCAAACAAGUAUCGUCGUCGGCUUUCGCCAGUAGUAAUGGCCACAAACAUCCAUCGACCAACCUUGUAGCACAGAAACUCGAUCAUGGUCGAUCCCAUUCGGAGAGAAACAAUAACGUGAGAAGGAGUUAUUCAUUCGGGAUACCAACAGGUUCUUCCUCAUCGAACACCAUUAACAACAAUGACUUUAUGGUGACAGAUUUGCCACCCAGCUAUGAAGCCGCUAUUUCUCAAAACAAUAACAACAACUUUAUGGAAUCCAAGAGAAAGGAAUAUCUCAUUCAAAAGUUGAAUCAUCUCAAAAAACAAAACUCAACGUCUUUGGAACAUUUUCAAAUUGUUAGAGACGAUGUGAGACAAAGCAAAGUGGUCAUGGAGAAACAAAUACUGCAGGCCUAUGGAGCAAUGAAACUCAAACUUGAAUCCUUAUUACAAGAGUCUUUGAACAGUCUUGCAGAUAUGGAGGCGGAAAUGACCGAACCUCUCGAUGUAAAAAUUGAACAACUCAAACGGAACAUGCGAGCAAUUGAUAUGACUGAGAACACCUUAGCCAGACAACCAUUUUCAGAGACAGUAAAAGAAAAAGUGGAUGCAUGUCUGAAGGCCAAUGUUCCUCCUUUUACAUCUGAUAUUGACAUUUACAAACUAACAGAUAUCAAUAAUUAUCCCAUGAUUCGAGUGAGUCAUUCGUUUUUGGGAGCAGAUGCUUCGAAAAAAAGUCCAAUUCCAACCUCAUCAAGGUUAUCAAUGGAUAUCGAUCCUUCAAACAGAGAAAAACGGAACAAUCUCCACAAUGAUUAUGAUACCUAUCAUAACCGAGUGAUAACUGAUGACUGUAAGAAUGAUUCUCUUAACAUUAGUGAAUGUACAGAUUAUGACUAUGCUCCAAGGACCUACCCUGAAAGAAAUAACACAAACUACAUGUCUUCAUCAAAGAGAACAAUUGAUACAGAAAGGGUUCCAAAGGAACAUCCUUUAACUCCUUCAGAUUCUGUCAUUGGAAGUUAUCAACAGCUAGAAGAUUUGUAUUCUCAAACUAAGAAUUGUGCCGUUUUCAAAGGUACCAACUUUUAA